UGGAGUCUGUGGCUCAAGUGACCCCGCCUCUUUAACAAAAACUCCCGAACAACUGAUAUAAAGUGUAUUUACGGUCUGACUGCGGAGAACAGGCUAAAAAUAUCGCGUGGAACAAAAUGCCUGCAGUCUCUAAAGGAGAUGGAAUGCGUGGCCUCGCUGUGUUUAUAUCGGACAUUAGGAACUGUAAAAGUAAAGAAGCAGAGAUCAAGAGAAUUAACAAAGAGUUGGCCAACAUCCGCUCAAAAUUUAAAGGAGACAAGGCACUAGAUGGCUACAGUAAGAAGAAAUAUGUGUGCAAGCUGCUUUUCAUAUUCCUUCUUGGCCAUGACAUCGACUUUGGCCACAUGGAGGCAGUCAACCUGCUCAGCUCCAACAAGUACACAGAGAAACAAAUUGGUUACCUGUUCAUCUCAGUGCUGGUCAACUCAAACAGUGACCUCAUCAGCCUUAUCAACAAUGCCAUAAAGAAUGACCUGUCCAGCAGGAAUCCCACUUUCAUGAACCUGGCCUUGCACUGCAUUGCCAAUGUGGGCAGCAGGGAGAUGGCUGAGGCUUUUGCAGCUGAGGUGCCCCGCAUCCUGGUGGCUGGGGACACCAUGGACAGUGUGAAGCAGAGUGCUGCCCUGUGCCUGCUGCGUCUCAACAGGACCUCUCCAGACCUGGUACCCAUGGGCGAGUGGACCACCCGGGUGGUUCAUCUGCUCAAUGACCAACACCUGGGUGUGGUGACCGCUGCCACCAGCCUGAUUACCACACUGGCACAGAAGAGCCCAGAGGACUUCAAGACAUCUGUCUCCUUGGCUGUAGCCAGACUCAGCAGGAUCGUCUCCUCGGCCUCCACUGACCUGCAGGACUACACCUACUAUUUUGUUGCAGCUCCCUGGCUUUCUGUCAAGCUCCUGCGUCUCCUACAGUGCUAUCCUCCGCCUGAGGAUGGUGCGAUCCGGGGCCGUCUGACGGAAUGUCUGGAAACCAUCCUGAACAAGGCCCAGGAGCCUCCCAAGUCGAAGAAGGUGCAGCACUCCAACGCUAAGAACGCUGUGCUGUUUGAGGCCAUCAGUCUAAUCAUCCACCAUGACAGCGAGCCCACUCUGCUGGUGCGGGCCUGUAACCAGCUGGGCCAGUUCCUCCAGCACCGGGAGACUAACCUGCGCUACCUGGCCCUGGAGAGCAUGUGCACCCUAGCCAGCUCCGAGUUCUCCCAUGAGGCUGUUAAGACACACAUCGAGACAGUCAUAAAUGCCCUCAAAUCGGAGAGAGAUGUCAGUGUGCGUCAGCGUGCUGUGGACCUGCUCUAUGCCAUGUGUGACCGCAGCAACGCCAAACAGAUUGUAGCAGAGAUGCUCAGCUACCUGGAGACAGCAGACUACUCCAUCAGAGAGGAGAUAGUGCUAAAGGUGGCCAUCCUGGCAGAGAAGUAUGCAGUUGACUACACCUGGUAUGUUGACACCAUCCUCAACCUGAUCCGCUUCGCUGGGGACUAUGUCAGUGACGAGGUCUGGUACCGCGUCAUCCAGAUCGUCAUCAACAGAGAUGAAGUACAAGGUUAUGCUGCCAAGACAGUGUUCGAGGCACUCCAGGCCCCAGCCUGCCAUGAGAACCUGGUGAAGGUCGGAGGGUACAUUCUAGGGGAGUUUGGGAACUUGAUAGCAGGAGAUUCAAGGUCAAGUCCACUCAUCCAGUUUGACCUGCUCCACUCCAAGUUUCACCUGUGCUCAGUGCCCACCCGGGCUUUGCUGCUCUCAACCUACAUCAAGUUCAUCAACCUUUUUCCUGAGGUGAAGGGCACCAUCCAGGAGGUUUUGCGCUCAGACAGCCAGCUCCGCAAUGCAGACGUUGAGCUACAGCAGCGUGCUGUGGAGUACCUGCGCCUCAGCUCUAUCGCCAGCACUGACAUACUGGCCACGGUGUUGGAGGAGAUGCCUCCAUUCCCUGAGAGGGAGUCCUCUAUACUGGCCAAACUCAAGAGGAAGAAGGGACCAGGAAACCUGCAUCCCGAUUUGGAUGAGAACCGCAAGGAACGCAGUGUCAAUGGGGGUACUGCAGACCAUAGCAGCACUACCUCAAAUGCCAAGGUGUUCGCGUCCCCCACUACCUCCACAGACCUGCUUGGCCUGGGCAGCACCAUUGCCACUCAAAACUCUGCCCCUCCUGCCUCUAAGGGGGCAAGCCUGCUGAUGGAUGUCUUCUCUGGAAACACAGCAGCCUUUCCUGUAGAGACACCAGUGGCAGUGGGGCCUGUUGCAGAUGAGAACUUCUCCAGUUUCCUGCCGAAUACUCCACAAGUAGCAUAUGCCAACGCCACUCUGCCCACUGCAGAGGAACCUGAAGACAAGUUUGUUUGCAAGAACAAUGGUGUCCUGUACGAGAACCAGCUACUCCAGAUCGGCCUGAAGUCUGAAUUCCGACAGAAUUUGGGUCGGAUGUAUGUGUUCUUUGGUAACAAGACAUCAACCCAGUUCAUGAAUUUCGCUGCCUCUGUGGUCUGCCAAGAUGCUCUGCAGGCUCAACUGAAUGUCCAUGCCAAGCCUGCAGACCCCACUGUGGACGGGGGUGCACAACUCCAGCAAAUACUCAACAUUGAAUGUGUGUCUGACUUUGUGGAUGCACCUGUGCUCAACAUUCAGUUUAGGUACGGGGGAACUCUCCAGAACAUUGCUGUUAAACUGCCUAUUACUUUAAACAAGUUCUUCCAGCCUACAGAGAUGACAUCGCUGGACUUCUUUCAGCGCUGGAAACAACUUGGAGCCCCUCAGCAAGAGGUACAAAAUAUCUUCAAAGCAAGGCAUUCCAUGGACACAGAGGUUACCAAAGCCAAGAUAAUGGGGUUUGGUGCUGCUUUGCUGGAUGGGGUAGAUCCAAACCCCUUCAACUUUGUGGGAGCUGGUGUCAUCCAUACAAAGACCACCCAGGUUGGCUGCCUCUUGAGACUGGAGCCUAAUACUCAAGCACAGAUGUACCGCUUAACACUCAGGACAAGCAGAGAUACUGUGUCACAGCGCCUUUGUGAUCUGCUCUCAGAACAAUUCUGAACUGUUUCCAGAUCAGGUCUUCUUACUUGGCAUACCAUAGAACUGUACAAGCUCCCCCUGCCACUUCUGAAGACACCACAUAGUUCAUAACAAACAGGUCACACUUAUCCUUCCCGUCUGUUUCAAUUUAAUUGGAAUUGAUAGUGUAAAUUCUUUUUAUAUUUGACUUAUUAUAAAUGUACUGUAUAUCAUUUUUCACUCACUUUACUAAUAUUUCACUGCAUUAAAUCUGCCUUAUGUCCUUGUGCGCAAAGAA